UACCAGACCAGCAUACGCCGGUGAGCAGCGGGCGCCGCAAGGGCCGAAAAGAUGGCGGUCUUGGCGCCUUUAAUUGCAUUGGUGUAUUCGGUGCCUCGACUUUCACGAUGGUUGGCCCGACCUUACUAUCUCCUGUCAGCCCUGCUGUCCGCCUCGUUCUUACUCGUGAGGAAACUGCCGCCGCUCUGCCACAGUCUCCCCACGCAACGCGAAGACGGCAACCCGUGUGACUUUGACUGGAGAGAAGUGGAGAUCCUGAUGUUUCUCAGUGCCAUUGUGAUGAUGAAGAACCGCAGAUCCAUCACCGUGGAGCAACAUAUAGGCAACAUCUUCAUGUUUAGUAAAGUGGCCAACGCUAUUCUUUUCUUCCGCCUGGAUAUUCGCAUGGGCCUGCUUUAUAUCACACUCUGCAUAGUGUUCCUGAUGACCUGCAAACCCCCCCUGUACAUGGGCCCUGAGUACAUCAAAUACUUCAACGAUAAAACCAUUGACGAAGAGCUGGAGCGGGAUAAGAGGGUCACUUGGAUUGUGGAGUUCUUUGCCAAUUGGUCCAGCGACUGCCAAUCAUUUGCUCCUAUCUAUGCUGACCUCUCCCUCAAGUACAACUGUACGGGGCUAAAUUUUGGGAAGGUGGACGUUGGCCGCUACACUGAUGUUAGUACACGGUACAAAGUGAGCACAUCGCCCCUCACCAAGCAGCUCCCUACCCUGAUCCUGUUCCAAGGUGGCAAGGAGGUAAUGCGGCGGCCACAGAUUGACAAGAAAGGGCGAGCUGUCUCUUGGACCUUCUCUGAGGAGAGUGUAAUCCGAGAAUUCAGCUUGAAUGAGCUAUACCAGCGGGCCAAGAAGCUGUCAAAAGCUGGAGACCACAUCCCUGAGGAGAGGCCUGAGGCCCCAGCUCCCACAACAGUGCCAGAUGGGGAAAAUAAGAAGGACAAAUAGGAGCCCUGCCUUGUUAGUGCCUCUCUCCAUCCAGCUCCUUCCCAGGCACCACUGAGGCCCUGAACCUCUGCAUCCGCCACCCUUGCCUGAGGCCGUGGCCUUUGUUGUUUGUGCUUCCCCUGUUGGGUUGUGCCUGGGUGAGGCAGGGUGCUGCUUCUGAUUUUAAAGAGGCAAGCAGGGAAUUGUCAUGCAUUGUCCAGGGAGGCUUCCCCUGCCAUGGCCAACUAUCCAUUUAAUGGAGGAGAAAUGGUUUCCCUUCAGGUUUGGAUUUCUUUUUGUUUGUUUCUUUUUAUCCCUGGCUUGGAUCAGUGUGUCAGCUGUUGUCCAGCAGUCACACAUCUCUACUGCGCUGUGGUCUCAUUAUGCCUCUUAGUGGACCCAUACAGCCUACUUAGAUUAAACACUAACAUAUGAUACCGGGGUACAGAGUCAGCGCUUAAGAUUUUUCCUUACAGGUCUCAAGGACCCUUGCUUCCCUAGGCCCUUCUGGCUUGGUCUAUGGCCUUCAUUAAAAAGCAUAAGCCUAACUUUGUCACUGCUCCCGAGGAAAGACCUUUACUCACAGAGUUUUCAUCUUUGAGGGUACUAUUGAAUAAUGCCUCAACUUCAUGGGGGUUGGAGGAGGGGUAUAGAGGCUUUGUAUGGUGGGGCCUAGGGGAAAAAAUCCUGGGCAGGAUUGGGGUUUCUAUUACCUCAACAACCCAAUUUCGAUUAUCCCACCUUCAUUUGACGGUUUUCCAUAAUAAAAAGACUGAGGUUUCCUUUUGA